GUGAAACAGAUGUAGAAACUCAAAACUAAAAGCCUCCUCCCGGGCGCGUGAUGUCCACUUGCCAGUGAGUGGUAAUUGGGCUGCGACAGCCAUCAUCAUGUCUUGGUUUCGUUCGUGGGAUAGUAACAGGUGUUAUUCCAGCGUUACCUCGUUGUAGCAGUUCCCAUCAACAUUCCUGAAGAAUGUCCCCCACUCGCAGAUAGUUUCCGCGUGAAGAUGACGGACACAAUAGGACACAUCUUUCAAAUAACAUACUCCAUUCCCCCCUUAAAAGUCCUGACGGAGAUGGCCGCUUAGUUCCAUGGCAACCCACCGGAAAUUCAAAUUCCGGCCGCUGCUGCCACCUGCUUUUCCCGACUGAAUGCACAGAACUUGAUGCCUUUGAACAUGUAAUAAAAUAAAACCGUUCAUCCUCGCUAAAGAAAACUACAGUUUUUAUUCCACUUACAAUUCCAAUUGAAAAUAUUACUCUUCAACUUCCCACUUGCGAUGGCGAGUAGCACACCCUCUGCCGACUCAGCUUCAGCCGAUGAACUCACUGCAAAAUCUGCGCACAAGCGCUACGAAGGGUUGAUGACGGUUCGAACCAAAGCUAUGAAGGGCAAAGGGGCAUGGUAUUGGGCGCACCUGGAACCCAUGCUGUUGCACAACACCGAAACAGGGCUCCCCAAAGCCGUCAAACUCAGGUGCUCUCUGUGCGACGCCGUUUUCUCUGCUUCGAAUCCCUCUCGCACGGCCUCCGAGCAUCUAAAGCGCGGAACGUGCGCCAAUUUCAAUUCCGCCGCCAAACCAAUCUCCUCCGUAUCCCCCUCCGCCGCUGCCGCCGCCAUGGUCGCCUCUCCACCACCUUCCCCGACCAACCACAACAACCGCAAGAGAACCUCAGCAUCCGGCCGCGAUUCAUCCUACGAAGUGUCGCCGCUGGCCGUAGUGGAUCCGUUGCGAUUCUUCGGAGAGCUGACGUACGCGCUGCCGCAGCAACCGCAUUUGAUGUUGUCGGGAGGGAAGGAGGAUUUGGGCGCCUUAGCCAUGUUGGAAGACAGUGUGAAGAAGCUAAAGAGUCCCAAAACAUCACCUGGUCCAACUCUCAGCAAAGCUCAAGUCGAUACCGCUUUUGAUUGUCUGGCUGAUUGGGUCUACGAAUCCUGUGGUUCUGUCUCUUUCUCCUCUCUGGAGCACCCCAAGUUCAGAGCGUUUCUUAAUCAGGUUGGGUUACCCUCAGUGUCUGUCAGAGAGUUCGCUGGAAGUAGAUUGGACGCGAAGUUUGAAGAAGCUAAAGCAGAUUCAGAAGCGCGAAUCAGAGACGCUUUGUUCUUUCAAGUAGCCUCGGAUGGGUGGAAACGGAAGGGGAAGAAGUACUGCGAAGAGAAGUUGGUUAACAUGACCGUUAAUCUUCCCAAUGGGACCAGUUUGCACAGAAGGACAGUGUUUGUUGGCGGUUCUGCUCCUUCCAGUUACGCGGAAGAAGUUAUUUGGGAGACAAUUACCGGCAUUUGUGAGAAUGUCGUGCAACAAUGUGUUGGCGUUGUUGCGGACAAGUUUAAGAAGAAGGCAUUGAGAAACUUGGAGAAUCGAAACCCUUGGAUGGUUAACCUUUCUUGUCAGUACCAAGCGUUCAGCAGUUUGAUCAAGGACUUCAACAAGGAGCUCUCGCUGUUCAGCACCGUAACUCGGAAUUGUGUCAAGCUCGCGAGUUUCGUUAACUACGAAACUCGAGUGAGGAACAGUUUUCACAAGUACCAACAGCAGGAGUACGGACAUGCGUGGUUGCUCCGAACGCCGUUGCUCUCGCGGGAGUUCGAGUCUUUUGACACUGUGUAUGCAAUGAUGGAGGACUUGUUGAGUUCGGUCGGGGCACUACAGCUGGUGCUUUUGGACGAGUCUUUGAAAAUGGCAUCCGUAGAAGACCAGAAUGCGAGGGAAGUCGGGGACAUGAUAGGAGAUGUGGGGUUUUGGAAUGAGUUGGAAGCGGUUCAUUCAUUGGUUAAGUUGGUGAAGGAGAUGGUUCGGGAGAUUGAAACAGAGAGGCCUCUUGUAGGGCAAUGCCUUCCACUAUGGGGUGAGUUAAGGGCACGAGUGAAGGACUGGAGCUCAAAAACUCAGGUUGCGGAAGGAGAGGUGGAGAAAAUUAUUGAAAAAAGGUUCAUGAAAAACUACCACCCUGCUUGGGCUGCAGCUUACAUUCUUGAUCCUCUGUAUUUGGUGAGGGACACGAGUGGGAAGUACCUUCCACCGUUUAAGUACUUGACACCGGAACAAGAGAAAGACGUGGAUAAACUCAUAACAAGGCUCGUUUCAAGGGACGAGGCUCAUAUUGUUCUAAUGGAGCUUAUGAAAUGGAGAACGCAAGGGCUUGACCCAGUGUACGCUCGUGCUGUGCAGAUGAAAGAGAGGGAUCCUGUUACUGGGAAAAUGAAGAUUGUGAAUCGCCAAAGCAGUAGACUUGUGUGGGAAACUCAUCUCACCGAGUUUAAGUCCUUGGGAAGAGUUGCGGUUAGGUUGAUUUUCCUUCACGCAACUUCGCCUGGCUUCAAAUGCAAUUGGUCUUCCUGGAGAUGGGUGUGUGCACAAGGACACUCCAGAGAAGCACUGGAUAGGAUUCACAAGUUGAUUUUCACAGCAGCUCAUUCCAAAUUGGAAAGAAAGGAUUUUUCAGGUGAUGAAGAGAAGGAUGCAGAGCUGUUGAGCAUGGCAAACGGUGAGGACGAUGUCUUAAACGAGGUUUUUGCGGACACUUCCUCUGCGUGACAAUUCUUUUAGGAAUUUUAAUUUUUAGGAUUCAUUCAAUUCUUUCCACUACCUUCUCUUCUUUCUCUCGUUCCUUUAUAGUUAUUUUCUUAUUUCUAUCUAGUAUUUGUUUCUAGCUCUGGUCAUCUGGCGAUUGAAUUUUUGUAUUCCUGCUACCUGACCUCGUGAUUCGAGCAACUUCCCAUCGGUAACCGUCGCAUAUGAUUUAUCUGCAAGUCGUUAAAUAUCCUGGGAACUGAGAAAGGAUAUGUAUCUUCUUUGUUCGUACAGCUACAGAAGUAAGUGCUUGACCAGCACUUAUUUGUAAAGGCCACAAGAGUAUCGUAGAAAAUGUAUGUUGUAAUGUUCCUGUAGUAAUUUUGAGAAUCAAUAAUAUAAUCGUUGACGGGAGGCUUUUGCUU